AUGUUUAUGGUGAAUAAGAAUAAAAAAUGGAAAUUUCUGAAGUACUCAAAGAAAUGCAGAGCUCUGUUUUUUGUUCAGCUUAACCCAAAUCGGAAUAUUUCAGUGGAAGGGUUCUCUGGUCAUGUUAGUAAAGUUGCUCCAGCAAAUGAAGGCUUCAGAAGGAAAAAAUAUCUGUAUUAUGCUAUUGCGCUUUGA